GCGGCGGGCGGGCAGGCCUGACGCGCCCUGCAGCUCGGGGCCUCGCUCCGGGGCCAGUGCGAGCGCCGCCCCAGUGCCUCGGGAGGGCGGUGGGCCCCGCCGCCGCCGCCGCCCGAUGGCGAGGCUACGGGAUUGCCUGCCCCGCCUGAUGGUCACGAUCCGGUCCCUGCUCUUCUGGUCUCUAGUCUACGGCUACUGCGGGCUCUGCAUCUCCAUCCACCUGCUCAAACUUUUGUGGAGCAUCGGCAAGGGGCCCGCGCAGACCUUCCGGCGGGUCGCCCGGGAGCACCCUCCCGCGUGCUUGAACGACCCCUCUUUGGGUACCCACUGCUACGUGCGCGUCAAGGAUUCAGGGUUAAGAUUUCAUUAUGUUGCUGCUGGAGAAAGAGGCAAACCACUUAUGCUGCUACUUCAUGGAUUUCCAGAAUUCUGGUAUUCUUGGCGUCACCAGCUAAGGGAAUUUAAAAGUGAAUACCGAGUUGUAGCCUUGGAUUUGAGAGGCUAUGGAGAAACAGAUGCUCCCAUUCAUCGAGAAAAUUAUAAACUGGACUGUCUAAUUACAGAUAUAAAGGACAUUUUAGACUCUUUAGGGUAUAGCAAAUGUGAUCUUAUCGGCCAUGACUGGGGGGGCAUGAUUGCUUGGCUAAUUGCCAUCUGUUAUCCUGAAAUGGUGAUGAAGCUUAUUGUUAUUAACUUCCCUCAUCCAAAUGUAUUUACAGAAUAUAUUUUACGACACCCUGCUCAGCUGUUCAAAUCCAGCUAUUAUUACUUCUUCCAAAUACCAUGGUUCCCAGAAUUUAUGUUCUCAAUAAAUGAUUUCAAGGCUUUGAAACACUUGUUCACCAGUCACAGCACCGGCAUGGGAAGAAAAGGAUGUCGGUUAACAACAGAAGAUCUUGAAGCUUAUAUUUAUGUAUUUUCCCAGCCUGGAGCAUUAAGUGGUCCAAUUAACCAUUAUCGAAAUAUCUUCAGCUGCCUGCCUCUCAAACAUCACAUGGUGACCACUCCAACACUACUACUGUGGGGAGAGAAAGAUGCAUUUAUGGAGGUUGAGAUGGCUGAAGUCACAAAGAUUUAUGUUAAAAACUAUUUCAGGCUAACUAUUUUGUCAGAAGCCAGUCAUUGGCUUCAGCAAGAACAACCUGACAUAGUGAACAAAUUGAUAUGGACAUUUCUAAAAGAAGAAACAAGAAAGAAGGAUUGACUUUUCUAUAUCUUCUAUGAGAGGAUUGGAAUAAAAUCUCUAAAUAAUUUUUUUAAAUUGCUCAUCAACUUCUUUAAGAUUCACAAGGAAAAAACUGUUUUCAACAUGCUUUAUCAUAAAUAAAUAUCGUGACAAAUGUUACUGAAAAAAAUCUGAGUAUGUGUGUGAACUUGUAAUAUAAUGUUGAUUUUCUUCUGUUGUACUUCACACAGAAAGUCACCUGCCUUAAACUGUAUGCACUUUACAAAAAGG